CUGACGGUGGCUUCCUGCCUGGUCACUCUGCUCUGCUGAGGAAGAUGUCUGUAAGAUGUCUGCUGCUCCUUUCUUCUGUCACCUCGGUGUCCCCAGCUCAUGGUGGAAGUGUUUGAAAUCUUCAACCUGGAUCUGAAGGCUGGGGAUAGCCUGAAGAUUAAGGGCAGGAUAUCUGAGGAUGCCAAUGGCUUCAUCAUCAACCUUGGCCACAGCUCCUCGGAUCUGGCAUUGCACUUCAAUCCCCGCUUCAAUGAGUCUGUCAUUGUCUGCAACUCCAAGUGCUCCCAAGCCUGGCAGCAGGAGCAUCGUGACAGUCACCUCUCUUUCUCCAAGGGCUCCACUAUCAAGCUUGUCAUUGAAUUCCUGGCAGACAAAUUCCAGGUGAAACUACCAGAUGGGCAUGAAGUGGAGUUCCCUAAUCGACACUGCUAUGACAAGAUCGCCUACAUGGGUGUCAAGGGAGGAUUCAGGGUCACCUCCUUCAAACUGGACUGAUGGGCACUGCGUCCUAGCUCUAAUAAAGGUCCAAGCACUGGGGUUAUUUGCUCCAGCUCUGACUUC